CACUACUCUGUUCACAUUCGUUUGUUUGCAGUUUGCAGACGAUGGCCGAACCGUUGUUUAAGUGGAAUAAAGUUGUAAAUCCUUCGGGGCCGCAACCACGGCCUCGCCAUGGACAUCGAGCCGUGGCCAUCAGGGAUCUCAUGAUCGUGUUUGGUGGUGGAAAUGAAGGCAUUAUCGACGAACUUCACGUUUUCAACACAGCUACAAACAAAUGGUUUGUGCCGCAAUGCAAGGGAGACAUCCCGCAGGGCUGCGCAGCCUACGGCUUUGUCGCGGAAGGAACUCGGAUCCUAGUGUUUGGUGGCAUGACAGAGUUUGGCAAGUACUCGGCUGACUUGUAUGAACUGCAGGCAAGCAGGUGGGAGUGGAAAAUGCUGAAACCUCGACCUCCCAAAAAAUUUCCAGCUCCAUGUCCAAGACUAGGUCAUAGCUUUACUCUGAUCGGAAACAGAGUUUUUCUCUUUGGAGGCUUGGCCAAUGACAGUGAUGAUCCAACUAAUAACAUAUCAAGGUAUCUUAAUGACCUGUAUGUGCUUGAACUGAAGGGAAACCACUGCUCGUGGGAAGUACCGGUCACUUAUGGUGACCCCCCUCCACCCAGAGAAUCUCAUACCGCAGUUGCAUACACAGACAAGCAAGGUCGUUCAAUGCUGGUUAUUUAUGGUGGUAUGAGUGGAUGCCGCCUUGGGGACUUAUGGAUUCUUGACAUUUCAACAAUGAGAUGGUACAAGCCUAGUGUUCGUGGAUUUGCUCCUUUGCCAAGAUCUCUUCAUUCUGCUACACUAAUUGGGCAUAGGAUGUUCAUCUUUGGUGGCUGGGUUCCUUUAGUACUGGACGAUGUUGAAGUUGCCACUCAUGAGAAAGAGUGGAAAUGUACAAACAGUUUAGCUUGUCUGAAUUUAGAAACCAUGACCUGGGAGAGCUUUCAAAUGGACACAUAUGAAGACAAUAUACCCAAAGCAAGGGCAGGUCACUCUGCUGUGGGCAUUCACACUCGCAUGUAUGUGUGGUCUGGUCGUGACGGCUACCGAAAGGCUUGGAACAACCAGGUUUGUUGCAAAGAUCUGUGGUAUCUUGAAGUUGAAAAACCCGCCCAGCCUGGCAGAGUUCAAUUGGCCAAGGCCCUCACAGACUCGUUGGAAGUCCACUGGACUGCAAGCCCUACUGCUGAUGCUUACAUUUUACAAAUCAUGGAAUAUGAUUAUCCUCCUGCCACGAGUGCACCUGCAUUGCCUUCAACAAAGACAUCGUCUUCGACCACCACAACUCAGGCAACCACCAGCUCAUCAAAAACUACAGCAGCUGUAACACAGGCUGUUAGCUCACCGUCGCUGGCUAGAGUUGCGCUCCCAGUCUCUGGCCCUCCCACCCUAACCAAUCCCCCAGCACUUGUCCCGGUCAUCCGACAGCCUGCGCAGGCUCAGGGGUCUGGGCCAGCCGCUGCCAGCCAGGUCCGCUCUGUGCCUGUCCCUGUGCUAGUGUCUCCUAAAAAGCCCGCUGCCCCAGUAGGCACUGUCAUCUCUGCUCCAGCGGCCACGAGAGGCACGUCUGUGAUUGCGUCUCCGCGAGGUGUGACCACAACUAUUGUCCGACCUCGUGGGGCGGCGCCUGGGUCAGUUGUCCAAAAUGCACCAGGAACUUUGGUGCGCAUUCCGGGAUCACCCACUGGUCGUCCCCAGAGACUACGACUCAUUCGCAUGCAGAGCCCAGGACAGGCGGGUGCUGGCAUUGUUCAGAGUGUCAUCUCCCCUGGUCAAAGCAUCCUCUCUACGAGACCUGGUGUUGUCACAUCAACAAAUGCGGCACAAUCUAGCUCAACUGUGGUAACAUCUGCCCAAAUGGUGGGUAUUCAAGCACUUGCCGCUGCUGCAGCAGCUACUCCUAAAAUGUCAACCCCCUCUGCCUCAAACUCCGUAACAACAGUCGUUAAUACCUCUGGCAUCAUGUCAGUUGGUUCUGUUGGCCAAAUCACUUCACAGGCGGGUCAACUUGUUCAAACCACCGCAGGGCAGGCUCAAGUGAUACAAUCCACCGCGCAGCUUGUUGCUGCAUCUAGGCCUUCAGUUGUAGCUUCAUCAGUAGCAUCAUCGACUGGUAGCCCCAUUCGUAUAGUCCAAACUCAAGGAUCUCCAACUUAUAGAGUUUCAACAGCUGGAGGCACAAUAGUUGGCCAGGCAAUGAGGCUAGCAUCCCCAGCCACAACACUCUUAAGAGCUGCCACUCCCCAGGGCAAACAGAUGAUCAUUCAACGUUCAGGACAAUCGGGACAACCAGGUCAAAUUGUAACGCUUGUAAAGACAGGUCAAGGCAUGACACUAGCUACGAUGCCCAAAAUUAGUCUUGUCCCUACCAAAACUACAAGUAAUGUGCAAACCAUUCAGACAGGAAAAGUUGACAACACGCAUGUCGUAUCUUCCUCAGCACAGGGUACUGCCCUUCAAGCUGGUGGUGUCCUUCCUCAAGGUGCUACAAUUGUCAAACUUCUCAAUCCAUCCACAGGCGUUCCGGGUAAACAGACCAUUGUAAUUAGGAAACCUGGCACUGGACAGCCGACUGUUUUAGGGAGAGGAGGGGGCGGACAGAUCAUCAUGGUUACCUCUGGUGGUGCUCUGAGGACGGUGCAAACUCUCACUAGCACACAAGCUGGCCAAGGUGUUUCAAGUCUUCAGAAUGUGCCUGGACAACCAGGUGUGAAAAUGAUUGUCAUGUCACCGGCUCAGGCUGCUCAGGCCGCUGCUGCUGGGGGCAAGCCCAUUACUAUUUCAGUCCCGGGACAGCAGGGCGGGCCACCGAAAAUGGUCACCAUCCAGGGUAAACCUGUCAGUAGUGGUUCAAAUAUUCUGAGUGGUGGGCAGAUUAUUACUCUACCAGCAGGGUCUGGUCAGGUGGGGAAUCAGGCUGUAAAAGUGCAGAUUGGUCAGAAAACUUUGAAUGUAGUUAAUGCACCUGUGCAGAUGCCAGAUCUAGACUUCCAAUGACAUGUACCAACUGAACAUUAAUGAUCAUAUCAUCGGACCAGCAUCAUUCAAAGUGUCUGGAAUCUGACACUAUUUGGCACAAUGCCACAUGCUAUUUGUGAUUCUCCUUAACCAGAACCAAGCUGACCUUGUGCCUGCUAGUCAGUUGUAAACUUCAGUAGUUUUCUUACCCAAGCCAUGUUAAAAUAUGUAUUACAUACAUAUGUUUCAUAUGGUCUGUCUAAAUGUUCUUAUACCUUUCUUAGAGUCAGCUUCCUGUAUAUGCUUCCUUACCAUCGACAUCUUCACUAUUUAUGCUACUACUUUAUCAAGUAUAGACUGUUGACAUUGAAAUAUGUGUUUUGUUAAUAUAUUGAUUAUAAAAGCCCCUUCUUUGUAUGUUUAUGUAUAUUGUGUACUUAAAUAACAAUGAAUUUCUUCAGCUUGAUUUUAUUGUACAGAUGAAAACCAAAAUUGAUUGAACUUGGAACAGUUUUAUUUUUUCUGUGCUUUUAUAAACUUUGAACAUGCCUGA